GGACACUGACAAUAUGUUCAGUACAUUAGUGCUUCUUGGAACGCCAGUGUGGUUAGAAACAAUAUUUUGAGUAUAUAAUCUUUGACACGGUGUGGUGUUUCCGAUUCAUAAUGAAUACGGCGAUGAAACUUCAGUCAAUCUUGCUGACUAUCAGAUGUCUUUAAUUGAAACGUCCGCAAAUGAUAACUGGGAGUGUCGGAAAAUAGAUUUUAAUAAAACUAAUUCAAUUAGUGCGAUUGAAAAAUGCAUUGGAUUUAACGAUUUCGUGAUCAAAUCAUUUGAGUAUAAUUCUUCAGUGAUUCCAUACAGUCACAAUUCUGUGUAUUACUUAUCUACCGACAAAGAGGGAUGGUCGUGUUUUUCAACCACAGAGCUUUUUACGUUAGAAGAAGAUACCGAAUUCUCCUCAGCCAUUUAUUUGCAAUCCAAUGUCAUUGAAGAUAUGUCAGAAGUAGAAAUUGAAGUAGUUGAUUUGGAUAGUGGAACAGCCAUUUCUGUUGUGAAUGCAUCAACGACACGUGAUUUUGAAUGGAAGUUGUACAGAAUGAAAUUAGGAAAACAAAUUACAAAUGCUAAGAUUAGCGUACGAGCUUUUGUCACGACGUCGGCAAAUCUAGCGAUUCAGUAUAUGCACAUUCUUAAUCCGAAAAUAGACGAAUCUCUAUGUGACAUAGACGAUCAAACAACAACCGAAACAAGAACAGAAGAGCAAACAAACAACAAUCAAAGAAGAAACAACUAUCGAAGUAGAAACAUCGACAGAAACGAGAACUGAUAGUUGCGCAUCAGCUUGUUCUUGUACUUGCUCUUGCGCUAUAGAUAUUCAAAUUUUAUCUGAGAUUAUAACCCAUAUUCAAAUGAAAA